CUUUGUGAAGCCAGCAUGAAUUCCACAAACGUUACAGAUGGUUCUCUCUGCCUUUUGGAAAAGGUGCUGAUUGGAGCUGUUCUCACAGUUCUCAUUGUUGUGACUGUGUGUGGUAAUGUGAUGGUAUGUUUGGCUGUCUAUCUCAAUCGACGGCUUCGCAGCCUAACUAAUUGUUUCAUUGUCUCAUUGGCCUUUACAGACCUACUACUAGGCCUACUGGUUUUACCCUUUUCAGCCGUUUAUGAAAUUUCCUCCCAUGAAUGGCUCCUGAAUGUUACUUUCUGCAAUGUCUACGUUAGCUUGGAUGUCAUGCUAUGCACCGCUUCCAUUCUCAAUCUAUUCGUCAUUAGUCUCGAUCGCUAUUAUGCUAUUACGGCACCCCUCCGCUACAGCACUGUGGUCACGCCUUUACGAGUCAUUGUAGCUUUGAUCCUGAUCUGGGUAGUGUCCCUUAUGGUUUCUUUCUUACCCAUCAGUUUGGGAUGGAAUACCAAAGACAUGACUAUCCAGAACCAGAUCCAAAUGAAUGGGAAGCAAGAGUGCAAACUGGAGGUCAAUGCUUCAUACGUUCUGGUGGAUGGCUUGCUAACUUUCUACUUCCCCUUAAUUAUCAUGUGCACCACCUACUACCGGAUAUUUAAAAUAGCCAGGGAACAAGCUAAGAGGAUCAACCACAGCACUUGCUGCAAGACUGACAAAACUAUAUUGCCCACAGUGAAAGAACACAAAGCCACUGUGACCCUUGCAGCUGUGAUGGGCGCCUUCAUUGUAUGCUGGUUUCCCUAUUUUACUGUGUUCACAUACCGAGGUGUGAUGGGUGCAGUAUGUGACCGACUGAUGACUGUUGUCCUAUGGCUGGGUUAUGCCAACUCGGCUCUGAACCCCAUUUUGUAUGCUGCACUGAAUAGGGACUUCCGGACAGCUUAUCAGAGGUUGCUCAAAUGUCGGCAAAUAAGGCCAGAUGCCAGAGAAACUUCUCUAUCACAUGAGGUGAGAGACAAGUCCUGCCAUCUGAUGACAAAUCUAUAUGAAGACAAACAUCUAGAGACACAUACGAUGAAUGGAAAGGCAAAACCUCUAAUCAAAGAGACCAUAAAAAGGAAUCAGAACCCACCAUGUGAUACCUCAUCUUCUACUAUCCUGCCCAUCUGUCAGAGCCUUUGGCUGGCCAAAGUUCUACCCAAGAGGAACAUAUGGAUCCCGGUGUUUGAGCAGUCAAUAGCAAGUGGACAGAACAUAGAGCAACACUCUGCACCCCACACAGUUAUCUACUGUGUCUUCUCUUAAGCCAGCAGGUUUUCCAUGGCACUGAAUG